GCAGGGGUCGGUUCUUCCUUCUGAAAAUCAGAGGCCACGUUUCACUGCUGUUUUCAGAGGGAACGAGCAGCCCCAGCCCCAAAUUCUACAUGUGCCAGUGGGAGCUGUGAUCACUCAGCACCUUUGACAAUCCAGCUUCUGUCCUUAAAAUGCUGGUCAAGUCUAGUGACUGUUUGCCAGAGUGUGAGGCAGCACCUCAUGUAGCUUCCAGGCAUGCCGUCAGGAGCAGAGCUGAGCCCCAGAGACUGAGGCGAUGGCUCUGCUAGGGGUUUGCAAACUGGGGGUUGGGAUCCCUCAGGGGGUCACGAGGUUAUUAUAUGGGCGCUUGUGAGCUGUCAGUCUCCACCCCAAACCCUGCUUUGCCACCAGCAUUUCUAAUGGUGUUAAAUAUGUAAAAAAAGUGUUUUUAAUUUGUAAGGGGGUGGGGUUGCACUCAGAGGCUUGCUAUGUGAAAGGAGUCACCAGUACAGAAGUUUGAGAACCACUGAUGCACACCGUGGCUACUUACGCAACUCAAAAAUAAGCAUGUUUAUUGGUGCAAUGCUAAGUGUACACUUACUCACAGCAAGCUGCUGUUAAUGAGGAUUAUUACGUUAACGUGCAGAUAUGCCCUGAGGCCCCACUCAGGACCAGUGCUUUGGUGCUUCAAGUAGCAGUGUACGAACACUUCUGAGGACAUGGUGUCUGCCUUAAUUUGCUUAUAGCUGAUGUCCAGUAUUUUUCUGCUUAUUGUUUAGUUCUUGUAUCGUUUGGUUCUUUUAUGUAUAAAAUACUUGAAAUGGGAAUGCACGAUAUAGUACUUACCACAAAUAAUCAAUGACUUGUAGCCAUGCUGAAUUUCAAAUUGUGUUACAUGUCCAACUUUUACAACACAGAUCUGGGCCAGUAGACAUGCCCACUAAUUAACUAGUAGCUUUCAAACAUUUUUACCUAAUUCCUGAGUCUAUUAAAUAUCUCAGGCAAAAAUGCCGACUCUUGUAACAGAGAAAAAUAUGUAAAAGUAGCUGGGAAAAUGAAAUCACCUGUGAAACUGCCCAGGCCUCCCACUGAGCCAUUAUAUUAGGUACGCUAGUGCUGUUUGAGGUUGCUCAUUCUGACCCUGCAUCGCUUCCUGUGGUGCAUAGUAGCCAGCAGGCUUUGUGAUGGAGAAAUUAGGUUGGAAAACUUGGCAAGCAGGUCGGAUGAGAGAGAGCCUGCUAGCAGAUCUUGGGGAAUUGGGUAGCAGAAGAAUUGGUUACUACCUUAUUCAAAGGCUGCUCUGGAAUCUCUAGUUUGAACAUGGCAGGAGAUGCAAUUCAACCAGAGUCACUUCAGCGCUUGACCGCUUCCGCUGGGCUCUCUGUGCAGUCCAGCUGCCAAUGAAGGAGCAUAGUGUAGCCUUUAAAUAACAGUGAUUCAGUGUGAAUUGUACUCUUUAUUUUUCCCAGGUUCCUUUUCUCACCUAAGUCACUUGAAGCUCAAAAGCCCCAAUCAUGGAUUUUCAACAUCGCCCUGGAGGUAAAACUGGGAGUGGAGGCGUAGCCUCCUCUUCAGAAAGUAACCGAGACCGCAGAGAGAGGCUUCGGCAGCUGGCUUUGGAAACUAUUGACAUCAACAAGGAUCCUUAUUUUAUGAAAAAUCACUUGGGUUCUUAUGAAUGCAAACUCUGCCUAACACUGCACAACAAUGAGGGAAGCUAUUUAGCACAUACUCAGGGGAAAAAGCAUCAGACCAAUUUGGCUCGCCGAGCUGCGAAGGAAGCUAAAGAAGCCCCUGCCCAACCUGCACCAGAAAAAGUCAAAGUGGAAGUGAAAAAGUUUGUGAAAAUUGGACGACCAGGUUAUAAAGUGACCAAACAGAGAGAUCCAGAAAUGGGCCAACAGAGCCUCCUCUUCCAGAUAGAUUACCCAGAGAUUGCUGAAACCAUCAUGCCUAGACAUCGGUUCAUGUCUGCAUAUGAGCAAAGGAUUGAGCCCCCAGACAGACGCUGGCAAUACCUUUUGAUGGCGGCAGAGCCCUAUGAAACCAUUGCUUUCAAGGUGCCAAGCAGAGAAAUUGACAAGGCAGAAGGAAAGUUUUGGACCCACUGGAACAGAGAAACUAAACAGUUUUUCCUUCAGUUCCAUUUCAAAAUGGAGAAGCCCCCAGCUCCCCAGAGCAUCCCUCCUGGACCCCCCACUGUGAAGAGGCCUCCACCGCCCCCACUGAUGAAUGGCUUGCCCCCACGACCACCUCUCCCGGACUCCAUGCCGCCUCCACCUCCUCCUCCAGGCGGCAUGACCUUGCCACCUAUGCCUCCCUCUGGACCUGUACCGCCCCCAGCACCACCUCAGCUGCCACCAGCUCCUGGGGUACAUCCCCCUGCUCCUCUGCCUCCCAUGAUGAGACCACCGCUUCCUACAGAGGGGCCAGGAACUAUUCCCCCCCCACCUCCUUCCAACUGAAAAGCUCCUCCUGGACUCUCUUCCAGUGGACUCCUUUUGAUUUGUGUUUAAUUACAAACCGUUAUUUGCUCAGAGGGAAAUCUUUGUCCUUUUUAUAUGCUAAUAGCGUUGCCUGCAUCCUGCAGGUUCAUUAAAAGGCUUUCUAUGUUGUUUUCUGUA